AUGCAAAGCGAUGCUCAAGUUGACCAUAUAUUGAUUAAUGCUGGGGACGUGGAGGCCCAAGGGGAAUCGGAGUACGCUGAUCCAGAUGAAGGUUUAGUGAGCCUCAGUCACCUGGAGGAUAUUUCAGAAAGCUCACUGGGUCAGGAUCAAGUCCAGAUCCCAAGUCGCUGCAACGAUGAAUAUCCAUCCCGGGCGAACCAUCUGACUGCGGAUAGCUCGGGGUCAACGAUCUUUAGUGACUCGCAUAUUAGUCUAAAUGGGUGUCAAAUGCAGCAGCCUUACGGAGCGGUCGGGAUACCAGACUCGAUCUUUGGACAGGGGAUGCUCAACAGUGUUGGGCUUGGACUUGGGUUGGGAAACGGUGAACUUGACUGGUUAGACUUUCAACCCCAAGAGAUGAUGCUGGAUUCCGCGACCACACGGAACGACCAGGGCAUAGAAGCUGGAACGACGCGAAGUCGCGCGGGGUUGCCCGGCUCUGCUCCCGUCCGUGCGCUUGACAGAAAUAUGCCGACAAAUAGUGGAUUUGCAAAUGGUUUCGACAUGCCACGACGCAAUGUACAGCCAUGGCCUUUUGAUCAGGCCCGCGAUCAGAUUCGGGAGCAGUUGCCUUCGAGAUACGAGCUCCCACCCUUGCACCAAGUCAUUCGAAGCAGUUCUAGGACAUCUCAUGAAGGAACGCAGAGUGCGUUGGAGAUCUUGAUAGAGCUCCUUUCUACGUCCGGCAUUCCUGAGAACUGGUCACAAGACUACUCUUUACUACCGGGACUCCAUUUGUUACAGCACUGUCUCGACCAGUACGUUGCUGGAUUUCAUGAUAUUUUGCCUGUCAUACAUGUUCCCACUUUCAAAUCGUCAAAGACCCCACCAGUACUCCUCGCUAGUAUGUCCUGCAUUGGGGCCAUGCUGCUCAAAGACAAGGACACCGAAGAGGCCUCCAAAGCGCUUUGUGACCUUUCCUCAAGAAUGAUCCUGUGGCUUGGUGGCCAAGACAGCAAUAAUUUCUCCGACCUUUCUUAUCUCACCGCCAGCUGCCUCUACCAAAUAUACUCACUGGGGUCGGGAAAUCGACAAUUGUACCAAGAUGCCGAUCGCUCUCGAGGGAUACUCAUUGGCAGCCUGCGUGGGAUGGGUCUCCUCAAGCAGCGAGUGUCUAUUGACCACAAUAUUCCACGGUUGCAGCCUGUGCAGGAGGACGAUCCGGCAGAUUCCAUGACCCAGUGGCUACACUGGCGGGAUCAAGAGCAGGAAAAGAGAGUGACCUGGGCUUCUUUCGAGUAUGAUUGCAGCCUUUGCACACUUACUGGACGUCGUGGGGCAGUCGAUCUAGCUGAGCUGCCAAAAUCACUGCCGUGUAUUGAAGAACUAUGGAAAGCGCCUUCUGUGCAGGGCUGGCGAUCCCUUGCCUCGCAUUUAUCACCGCCGUUCUUUGGAGCUUCUGUUGCCGAUGUGCUAGACGCUAUCAUGACGGGGAGGCCCUUCCCUGCUGGGUUGUCGUCAUGGGGGAAAAGACUCUGCAGUCAGAUCAUUGGCCGUCUCCUUUGGGACCUCAAACAACUAGGGGUAUUGACACUCAUUCAAGCCCUUCGUCCAUCUUCGUUAGGGUCAGUACAGGACGAGGGAAAAGCUUUACUUCUCCAAGGGCUCGGAAACCUCUCCUGUCAAAUGAAGAAAGCAGGGUCUGUCCAGGAGCUCAUCGACUACAACGUUGACGACGUCAUGGAGCUGGUACUCUAUAUUGUCCGACACCUGCCAACAACCCCGCAAUCUCCUCAUUACGAAGUUGUGAACGCGGCAAAGCGUAAAUUGAAAACCGAAUUUGCGAGGGACCCCCGCUGCACCCGGAAGCUGAUAUGGCAUGCCGCUCAGAUUACAGCCGUCGCCAAUGGAUAUCUAGUAUCCGCGCCUUGCGAGAUACUUCGCGUCUUUAUGGGUGCUAUUUUGCUCAUGGCGGUUACCAAGUACUCCCCUGGUAGCAUGGGGUCAGGAAAACGCGCCGUCUCUCCCGAGUCCCAGCCAUCUAUUCGUUUGGAUCAAAUUGAUACCGAUGAUGAGGCAGCCAAAGUGGCUGAAGCUUGGAUACAACAUGGAGGACCGGCGAACGUCCUUGGAGUUGACAAUAUCUCUUCCAAGGAACUUGGGAUCACUAUUUACACUCGCACACAAACACUUCUGGAGGAGGUUCAGUUCUGGGGCUUGUCUCGGAAGUUUAUCAAGAUACUCCAACUGUUCCAAGAAAGUGAGGCUUAA